AUGCCCUCCAAAAUCCCCCUCUCCUACGCAACCGUCUCGCUCGGCUCCCCCAACACCAGCUCAUCAAUCCCCCUUCCCCAAAAGCUCUCAGCCCUGCACCAAGCAGGCUUCAGCGGCAUCGAACUCGGGUUCCCAGAUCUCCUAGCAUACGCCUCAUCCCUCACAAACCGAACCGUCGCACCCGACGACUACGACAGUCUACGCAUCGCAGCCGCCGAAGUAAAGAAGCUGUGCAUCGCGCACGGGCUCGAAAUCCUGAUGCUCCAGCCCUUCUCCAAUUUUGAGGGGUGGCCGCGCGGCUCAAAAGAGCGGGAAGACGCGUUUGCCAGGGCGCACGGGUGGAUUAGUAUCAUGGAGGCCGCGGGGACGGGGAUGUUGCAGGUUGGGAGUAGUGAUACGCCGGUGGAGAAGAUGGCGUCUGCGUCUUCUUCUGCGUCACAUAACGCGGACAGCGUGGCCGGGCCUCGCGCCGAUAUAGUGGCCGACCUGCGCGAACUCGCGGAUUUGCUUGGGGCGAAGGGGUUCCGUCUCGCGUACGAGAACUGGUGCUGGAGUUCGCAUGCGAAGGGGUGGAAGGACGUAUGGGAGAUUGUGAAGGCUGUUGAUAGAGACAACAUCGGGCUUUGUCUUGAUACGUUCCAGAGUGCUGGUGGGGAGUGGGGGGAUCCGACGACUGGGUCGGGACGGAUUGAAUCUGGGGGUCUUGACGAGGCGGAACUGAGCGCGAGAUUCGAAGCAAGUAUGGCGGAACUGAGCGCGACGGUGCCAGCGGACAAGAUCUUCCUCCUCCAGGUCUCGGAUGCGUAUGUUCCGCUUGAUUCAUCUGGAAAACCGAAGCCGUUGGAUGCGAAGGUGGUGGAUGGGACGGCGCCGAGGGGACGCUGGAGCCAUGAUUUCAGGCCGAUGCCGUAUGAUGGGGGGUAUUUGCCUGUUGAGGCUGUUGGGAGGGCGGUGCUGAGGACUGGGUUUCGGGGGUGGUUUAGUGUGGAGAUUUUUGAUGGGGGUGCGGAUGGGAGGGGGCGGAGGUAUGAGCUUAAGGAGUUUGCGGGGAGGGCGAGGAGGAGCACGGAGAGGUUUAUUGAGGCGUGUUUGCCUGCUUAA